AUGUCUCUGACCGCUCAAAUACAUGUUCCUCGUCUUAACAAGACACUGACUGUGCCAACUGGACUGUUUAUCAACAAUGAAUUUGUUCCCUCUGUCGACUCAAAGGAGCUCAUUCACGCUAUCAACCCAGCUACUGAGGAAGUACUGGCAUCUGUUGUCGCAGCGUCGCCCAAGGAUAUCGAUGUUGCAGUCGCUGCCGCCCGUCAUGCGUUCAAGACAACUUGGGGGAAGAAUGUAACUGGAUUUGAGCGAUCAAGACUCAUAAACAAACUUGCCGACCUUAUUGAACGUGAUGCACAAGAACUUGCCGAACUUGAGUCUCUUAACAAUGGAAAGCCUGUCAAGGUUGCAAGAGAUUUCGAUAUCGGCGACAGCAUCCAAUGCUUAAGGUACUAUGCCGGCUGGGCGGACAAGAUCAUAGGCCAGUCCCUGGAGGUCGACAACAAGUCUAAAAUCGCAUUCACUCGCCAUGAUCCCAUUGGUGUUUGCGGACAAAUAAUCCCCUGGAACUACCCGAUCAAUAUGUGGUCUUGGAAAGUUGCCCCAGCGCUGGCUGUAGGCUGCACGAUCGUUAUGAAACCAUCCGAGUUAACACCGCUGACCGCUUUGAAACUCUCCGAACUGGUCAAAGAGGCAGGAUUCCCUCCUGGUGUCGUUAACACUGUUCCAUCCUUGGGACCCGUCGGGGGCGCUGCCCUUUCUUCCCACCCUGAUGUAGAUAAAGUCGCAUUCACAGGCUCGACAAUCACAGGCCGCAAAAUCAUGGAGGCUGCCGCGAAGAGCAAUUUGAAGAAGGUAUCUUUGGAACUUGGCGGCAAGUCGCCACAUCUUAUUUUUGAAUCUGCCGAUUUGGAACAGGGUGCGUUUACUUCAGUUCUCGCGAACAAGCACGUUUUGUUACGAGUUGGCCUUAUUCCAAACUGGGAUACCGUAGCCGGCAUCCUAAACACUAUUUACGAUAAAUUCUUGGAGAUACUCGUAUCUAAAGUUAAGGCAACAGUCGUUGGAGAUGGCUUGGAGGAGGCAAGUGGAGGAGGCCCUGUCGUAUCUAAGGGGCAAUACGAUCGUGUGUGGGGAUAUAUCGAGUCAGGGAAGGCAGAAGGCGCCGUCGCAAUCCUCGGAGGCGAAAAGAGGAACAGUAAAGGCUAUUAUGUCGAUCCCACCAUAUUCACUAAUAUCAAACCCGAUAUGAGAAUAAUUUUUGGACCCGUGCUUUCUGUCGGAGUAUUCAACACCGAGGACGAAGCCAUAGCCCUUGCCAAUGAUACAAGCUAUGGCCUUGGUGCAGGACUUCACUCAAAUGACGCCAAUCAGUGCAUGCGAGUCUCAUCCGCUUUAGAAGCCGGCACAGUGUGGGUUAACCAAUACAAUCUGUUGAAUAACAAUGUUCCAUUUGGCGGAAAGAAGCAAUCUGGAAUUGGCCGUGAACUCGGAAGCUAUGCUCUGGAGGAAUAUACAUCAGUCAAAGCAGUCCACUGGAACUUCGGAGAGAAACUCGAUUGGCCUCUUUAA